AUGUCAGGGGAUACCUGUCUGUGCCCAGCCUCGGGGGCCAAGCCCAAGCUCAGCGGCUUCAAGGGAGGAGGCCUGGGCAACAAAUACGUCCAGCUCAAUGUGGGCGGCUCGCUGUACUACACCACCGUGCGGGCACUUACCCGGCACGACACCAUGCUGAAGGCCAUGUUCAGUGGGCGCAUGGAGGUGCUGACCGACAAGGAAGGCUGGAUCCUCAUAGACCGAUGCGGAAAGCACUUUGGCACCAUUCUGAAUUACCUCCGAGACGACACAAUCAUCCUCCCUCAAAACCGGCAAGAGAUCAAGGAAUUGAUGGCUGAAGCGAAAUAUUACCUCAUUCAGGGGCUGGUGACCAUGUGCCAGUCUGCCCUGCAGGACAAGAAGGACUCCUACCAGCCUGUGUGCAACAUCCCCAUCAUCACCUCCCUGAAGGAAGAGGAAAGGCUCAUCGAAUCCUCCACCAAGCCCGUUGUGAAGCUGCUAUACAACAGGAGCAACAACAAAUACUCCUACACCAGCAACUCCGAUGACCACCUGCUGAAAAACAUCGAGCUGUUCGACAAGCUCUCCCUGCGCUUCAACGGCCGUGUGCUCUUCAUCAAGGACGUCAUCGGAGAUGAGAUCUGCUGCUGGUCCUUCUACGGGCAGGGUCGGAAGCUGGCAGAGGUGUGCUGCACCUCCAUCGUGUACACCACCGAGAAGAAGCAGACCAAGGUGGAAUUCCCAGAGGCCCGAAUCUAUGAGGAGACACUCAACGUCUUACUCUAUGAGACCCCCCGAGUCCCUGACAACUCCCUCUUGGAGGCCACAAGCCGGAGCCGCAGCCAGGCUUCCCCCAGUGAAGAUGAGGAAACCCUGGAACUGCGGGACCGUGUUCGCCGCAUCCACGUCAAGCGCUACAGCACUUACGAUGACCGGCAGCUUGGCCACCAGUCCUCCCAUCGCGACUGA